CGUCCGUCGUGAGUAACUACAGUUAAUGCUGUCGAAAUAUCGUCCUUGACGGUUCUAAGGGACGAGCACCCAACCAUCAAGCGCAAGAGGCCGAAGGUUUUGGAAGAGCUGGCGUGCUGUUGUGUGAAGGUCGUUACAUUACAUUGUUGCAAGACGUACGUGUUUCUCUGUGGCUCGCAGCUCGCCUUGUUUUGCGCGCGCACACACACACACGCACAUACACAUACACACCACCUACACAGAGGUGCUACAGGAGGCCAUCUCUCCAAGUCUCCAUCUGCAUCGACCCGAUCGACCAGAGCCCUUCUCCUUCCCCUGGCCUUCCCCUUUGACGCCACCAAGGGCAACACCAAUAGACCAAUGUUCCGACACGGGACGGCCAAGGAGCUGUGCUGCCUGCUGUGGACGCUGGACCCAACGUUCACCGCAGCGGAUCUCAAGGCGGAAGGCAUCAAGACCGAAGCCGAGGCAGGCCAGCAUGUGUCUGAACGGCUGCAGGCUUGCUUUGAGAAGCUGGCCACAACGGAAGCCCUGCACUGGAUUGAAAACGACCCUCAUCUUUGCGCUGAGCUCGAGUCCAUGUACAAGCAGAUGAUCGACAACAAACAUACGCCAGACCACCGCGAGAUGGCGCAAAGCUUCGCUGAAGGUGUUGUGAGCGUGCUGCUGCGUGAUCUUGUGCAAACACUGCACGGUCGCAGAGCCAGUCUUCUGGAAGGCAUCAACGGUGUCAAGAUGUUGGUGGCAGGUAUGCUGCUGGGAUCUCUUUACACUGUCGUUGACGCGCCACAACAGGGUGUGCAGGGCCUUGUGCUGAAGGUCUUGCGCCGGCUCAGCUCAAACGACAUCUGGUGGCAGGCGCUGCUUCGAUAUGGACCUGCCCCACCACGCUCGCCCAAGGAGGAGGAGCAGUCACAGAUGAAGAAACGCAACCGACGCAGGGCCAAGACGGUCGCUUUCACGGCGCCCAACCUGAAGCCCCCACCGCCCAUCCCAUCCCCUCCCAUCUCGCGUUGCCCCUCUGUCACCCGCCACCGCACGCUGCUGCCGCACGUUCAGAAGACGCGGUCUGUUGACGACGACUCGCCAUUCAGCACACCGGGCACAUCUCCACUCCGCACCGCCCUCUCCUCCACUGCCAACAGCCCUAGCCCGCACAGGCGCCAUUUGCACGACAGCCACGGCAAUCUGAGUGCAAACGGGAGCCCGACACAUGUCAGCACGCCCACGUCGCCAACCACGCUCCGUGCACCGCUGCGCCACUGCUUCAGCCAGGAAGAGAGACGUGGCAGCGAAGAUCACGAUUGGCGUGAGCGCUAUCACGGUGACAGCGACAGCAGCAAGGGUGAGUCUCCACACGCCCGCAUCCAUUCCCAUCAUCCCCAGCAGCACCACCAGCAGCAGCCGGGUGGGAGGGCCAAAGCUGUGAAGCAACGCCGGCGCAGCAGCAACCUGGUGCACGAGCAGCGUGCGCGUGAUCGUGAGACACACGACGCACGCGACACGUACGGCACACAUGGCACACGUGACGCGCCUGCAACACCGCGACGCACGCGUGCCAGCUGCAGCAACAUCCACAUGAACAUGGCUCGCCUUGGUGUUGCUGAUGCACCCGAGCCGAUGGGGACAGCACGCCCCGAUGUCGAGCGCACGGGCGUGUUCCGGACAUUGCACGGGGAUGUGCGGAUUGUUUAUCCGGAAUGGACCGAACAGGAAGCGGCGGCGCGCGCACACCAGCACAGUGAUGAUAAUGAAGAUGAGUUUGACUGGUUCUUCCACGCAACCGCGGACGCCCCCACCUUCCGUCGCAGAUCAUGCUGCUUUUGACAACCGUUGUGUGUUGUGUUCUGUUGAGUUGCGUUGUGUUUUGUGUGUAUGUGUGCGUGCGUGUCUGUCUGUCUGUCUGCCUGUGCAUGUGUGUGUCUAUUUGUCAGUCUGUCUGCCUGUGCAUGUGUCUGUGCUAGCGACACGUGGUUGUUUCUUUCUAUCCGAUGUGACGGUGCAUGUUGCACACGUAUGUCAUUUCAACGCUGCCCUAUUGCGUAUUUCCUAUUCAGUAUCACCAGCUCUUCCUUCAACUAACUCCCCACCAGACAUCAUCACAAGUCAGUGAGUGCCCUGCUUUCGCUUCCACUGCUGUUUGUUUCGUGUACAACUGUCUACUUGUCAAUACAACCCCAGACAGCCCUGUGAGGUCAUGUGUCGCAGAGGAUGAUGAAAGAACGC